GAACCAAUUCCAAAUACAAUUAAAUAUAUAAAUUAGAAAAACUGAACUCCUGAUUGGAGUUUUUUUAUAACUUAUUUAUAUAUUUAAUUUAUUUGAAAGACUAAAUAAAACAACAAUCAAUAAUAAUAUGAAGAUGUCUAAAAGUCUCAAGGUUAUUCUAUCUCUCGUUUUUAUUGUUUUCUUGGCUCUUGCAGCAACCAAGAUUGAGGCAAGAGCCAUAAAUUAUCGUGAUCUUAUUCGUGGAGAUCAUGGUAUGCCUUGUGAUAAAGCAAAACCUGGUUCCUGCACAAAGCAACCAGCAAAUCCUUACAAGAGAGGUUGCGAGGAAAGCCAGCAUUGUCGUGGACCAACUCCAUCAAAAAUGUGAAUCAACCUUUGAACAUAUAUAUUUUGCAUCAAAUUUAGUUUCCGAAGUCUUAUGAUUAUAUUAUUUUUUCCAUCUGACAAGCUUCAGAUUGGAGGAGCAUGCUUGGUUACAUUUCCUCGUUAUGUAAUUUUAAUUUGUAAUUGGUUUUGUCCUAUUGAUUGUAACCCGAUGAUAUUAUGAUCAUAUAAAGUAUAAAUAUAUUCAGUUAAU